AUGGCACUUAUCGAGUCUGAUGUGCAUAUUCGUUUGGUGAAGCAACUGAAAGAUAAUGUGAAAAAAGCCAUUAACUUCGAGGAGAUGGUUGGUGGUGUGAAUAAGCGACGUUUGAUACAGAAAACGGUAUUCAACGAACUUCUCAAAUUAGUGGAUCCUGGUGUUACACCAUAUCAGCCGAAAAAAGGACAACAUAAUGUGAUUAUGUUCGUUGGUCUACAAGGUUCAGGAAAAACCACCACUUGUACAAAGAUGGCCUACUAUUACCAGCGAAAAGGAUGGAAAACGUGCCUCAUUUGCGCGGACACAUUCCGUGCUGGAGCAUUUGAUCAACUCAAGCAAAACGCUACAAAGGCGCGGAUACCUUUCUAUGGUUCUUACUCUGAAAUGGAUCCUGUUAUAAUUGCCGCCGAAGGUGUUGAGAAAUUCAAGAAAGAGAACUUUGAAAUUAUAAUCGUUGAUACUUCUGGAAGACACAAACAGGA